AUGAUGAACAAAACUGAGAUGAGGAGUUAUCGUUCAUUAGUGGCUCAAUCCUGGACCGCCAGCGCAAUUUUGUUAUCGGUGCAAUUGCAGCGAUACAGAAAAAAUAUCAUCGGAAGCUCAUGUGCCUCCUUAGCUCAUUGUUUUAUUGCGGGCAUGCUUAUUCAUACAAUGUUUGAGGUGGUCCUUGUUGGGCAUUCUUUUGGCGGAACAGUCCUCUAUGCCUUGCCAGCACAUCCUCGCUACGAUAUCACCAAAAUGGGUCUGGUCAUGACGCUUGCUGCUCCGAUCACGGCUCCGCCUUUGAUGAUGGAUGAAAAGAUGGUAUCUUUCUACAGUUCCAUGCAUGAAACUUGGCGCAAACGGAACGAUGAACUUGAUCACGUUGGAAUAGUUUCGUACAGUGGCGGCUUGAAAGACUACCAAGUACCUGAUCAUUUGGCUCCCGUCCCAGAGAACGAUCGUGCUAUUCAUCGUCCUUCAUGGUCCAUUCGAGGUGUAGACACUUCUGCUGAUCACCUCUGCAUUUUGUGGUGCAAUCAGUUAGUAAGGUAGGA